AUGGGCAACUGCAUGUGGGAUUUGUAUUACUGCAAAGACGAGUUUCCAGGGAAACUUCUGACUUUUAGAUCUGCGGGAGAUUUCUGUUCACUUUGCUGCAUCACUGAGUCUGGGGAAGUGGAGGCUUCUGGUCCAAAUGACCCACUGGGACAGCUCGAUGGACACAACAGCCCUCUUCCAACCAUGAAAGGUUAUUUUCUGAAUUUCCUGGAACCAGUAAACAAUAUCACCAUAGUCCAGGGCCAGACAGCGAUUCUCCACUGUAAGGUGGCAGGCAACCCACCUCCCAACGUGCGGUGGCUUAAGAACGAUGCCCCAGUUGUACAGGAGCCCCAACGGAUCAUCAUCCGCAAGACAGAAUACGGUUCCCGGCUGAGGAUUCAAGACCUGGACACGACAGACACGGGCUACUAUCAGUGUGUGGCCACCAACGGGGUGAAGACUAUCAUGGCCACCGGUGUGCUGUUUGUGAGGCUUGGUCCAACACACAGUCCAAACCAUAAUUUUCAGGACGACUAUCAUGAGGAUGGAUUCUGCCAGCCGUACCGGGGCAUUGCCUGUGCGCGCUUCAUUGGGAACCAAACCAUUUAUGUGGACUCCCUCCAAAUGCAAGGGGAGAUCGAGAACCGGAUCACAGCUGCGUUCACCAUGAUUGGCACCUCCACACACCUGUCGGACCAGUGCUCGCAGUUCGCCAUCCCAUCCUUCUGCCACUUUGUGUUCCCGCUGUGCGAUGAGAGGUCCCGGGUGCCCAAGCCCCGGGAGCUGUGCCGCGACGAAUGCGAGGUGCUGGAGAGCGACCUGUGCCGCCAGGAGUACACGAUCGCCCGUUCCAACCCGCUCAUCCUCAUGCAGCUGCAGCUGCCCAAGUGUGAGGCGCUCCCCCUGCCUGAGAGCCCAGACGCCUCCAACUGCAUGCGCAUCGGCAUCCCUGCGGAAAGGCUGGGCCGCUACCACCAGUGUUACAACGGCUCAGGCACAGACUACAGAGGGACCGCCAGCACCACCAGGUCGGGUCACCAGUGCCAGGCAUGGGUCCUGCAGCACCCCCACAGCCACCACUUAUCCAGCUCCGAAUUUCCUGAACUCAAAGGGGGCCACGCCUACUGCCGGAACCCAGGGGGCCAGAUGGAAGGCCCAUGGUGUUUUACCCAGAAUAAAAACGUGCGCAUGGAACUGUGUGAUGUUCCCUCGUGUAGUCCCCGAGACAGCAGCAAAAUGGGAAUUCUCUACAUCUUGGUUCCAAGCAUUGCAAUACCUUUGGUUAUUGCUUGCCUUUUCUUCUUGGUCUGCAUGUGCCGGAACAAGCAGAAGGCUUCGGCGUCCACACCACAGCGAAGGCAGUUGAUGGCAUCACCCAGCCAAGACAUGGAGAUGCCUCUCAUUAACCAGCACAAACAGGCCAAGCUCAAAGAAAUCAGCCUGUCCACUGUGCGGUUCAUGGAAGAGCUAGGGGAAGACCGAUUUGGGAAAGUCUAUAAAGGCCACUUCUUUGGCUCGACCCCUGGGGAGCAGACCCAGGCUGUGGCCAUCAGAACCCUCAAGGACAAAGCAGAAGUGCCCCUCCGGGAGGAGUUCAAGCACGAAGCUCUGAUGCGGUCAAGACUUCAGCACCCCAACAUCGUCUGCCUACUGGGAGUAGUGACCAAAGAUCAGCCCAUCAGCAUGGUCUUCGCCUACUGUUCCCAUGGUGACCUACAUGAGUUUCUGGUCAUGCGAUCACCCCACUCCGACGUGGGCAGCACUGACAAUGACCGGACUGUGAAGUCUGCCCUAGAGCCCCCUGACUUUGUCCACUUAGUUGUCCAGAUCGCUGCAGGGAUGGAGUACCUGUCCACUCACCAUGUGGUGCACAAAGACCUAGCCACUCGCAAUGUCCUCAUGUUCGAUAAGCUGAAUGUGAAGAUCUCAGACCUGGGCCUCUUCCGGGAAGUUUACUCAGCUGAUUACUAUAAGCUGGUGGGGAAUUCACUGUUGCCCAUCCGCUGGAUGUCCCCAGAGGCCAUCAUGUAUGGCAAAUUCUCCAUUGACUCGGAUAUCUGGUCCUAUGGUGUAGUCUUGUGGGAGAUCUUCAGCUACGGCCUGCAGCCCUAUUGUGGCUACUCCAACCAGGAUGUAGUGGAGAUGAUCCGAAACCGCCAGUUGCUACCCUGCCCAGACGACUGCCCCGCCUGGGUGUACGCCCUGAUGAUCGAGUGCUGGAAUGAGUUCCCCAACCGGCGGCCCCGGUUCAAGGAUAUUCACAGCAGGCUCAGAACCUGGGGGAACCUCUCCAACUACAACAGCUCGGCACAGACCUCAGGCGCCAGCAACACUACACAGACAAGCUCCCUUAGCACCAGCCCUGUGAGCAACGUGAGCAACGCCCGCUACAUAGGGCCCAAGCAGAAGGCUCAGCCCUUCCCACAACCCCAGUUUAUCCCCAUGAAGGGCCAGAUCAGACCCAUGGUGCCCCCACCCCAGCUCUACAUCCCUGUGAAUGGGUACCAGCCAAUGCCAGCCUAUGGAGCCUACCUGCCCAACUUCUAUCCUGUUCAGAUCCCAAUGCAAAUGGCCCCUCAGCAGGUACCCCCACAGGUGAUCCCCAAGCCAGGUUCUCAUCACAGUGGCAGCAGCUCCACCAGCACAGGCUAUGUGACCACAGCUCCCUCCAACACGUCGGUGGCUGACAGAGCAGCCCUGCUCUCCGAGAGCACCGAGGAUGCUCAGAACACUGCAGAAGACAUAGCCCAGAAUCCUGUGCCGGAAGCAGAGGAGGAAGAGGAAGGCUCCGUCCCAGAGACAGAGCUUCUUGGAGACAAUGACACCCUACAGAUGGAGGAGGUGGAGGUCCAGCUGGAAGCCUGAGGGGUUCCCAGAGCUUCUGACUGGGAGAGAAACCCUCCUGGGAUACCCCAGGGACCCUGAUCAGCCUCUUGGUCAGAACUGUCACCUCCACAAGAAGGUACAAAACACAGUGGUCGUGUCAGCUCAUAACUGCUGGCAAGGCCUUUGUAGACUUGAUGGUGUGAGAUACAGCUUUGCUCUUGCCAUCUGAUAUAUAAGGUGCUGCUGCCACCCACAUGUUUGGUGGGUGGCUAUCAUAGCCAGUGGUGCCAAUGCUAGUGGGGCAGGCAGGCAGCCAAGCAACAUGACCCCUUUAUGACGCUUCCUGCGUUUAUUCCAGUCAUAGCCCAGCACUGAGCACUGGGUCUACUUUGAAAGAAAAUAAAGUCCUGUCCAGAUAGCUGUUAUGGAACUUGUCUGCCAAAGGCAAGCAUGAUGAUGCCUGGUAUCGGGAGAUUCUCCACACUGGCCUUUCGGUUCCGUCCGAAUGCAGGAAGCCCAUCUUCUCUCUGCUGCCUCGCCGCCAGUCAUGUUUUUCACUUGCCAACCGAAGAUGUGUGAGAACAAGGUGCUGCCCUUCUGCCUUGGGUCCCAUCCAACGAGAGAGGAGCUUCUGAGGUGGAAGCCUCUGCUGUUAUUUUUGUCUGUGUUUUAAAGUGCCUUUGAGAAAACCUACAAAAUUUUGUAUUUUUGUGAAAUUAUUUUAAUUAUACUGCAUGUGUAAUUUGCUCACUUCUCUGGAAAUCAAGGGAAAGUGGUUCAUGAAUUUGGAAUGUUAGAACAAUAUUGUACACAAUGCAAUAUUGCUUUUUUAUUUUUUUCUUUCAAUCCUGUACAGACCUUCAAUGUAAUUUAUGUUCGCUUUUCAUAUGCUAUUUUCAUUGAAGUCUUUUGGCCUUAAACGGAUGACUUGGUCAUUUAACUGUGUAUGCUGUCCACUUGGCAGUGCCCUCCGAUUGUACUUGGCUUUUGCUUGUUUUCUAAGUAAGGUCCGUGCAGUUCAGAACUUCUGCUGCCGGAAAGUCCACAAGCACACCGUGUGUAUCCAACACGUGGCUAGACUUCAGUUGUAACCCACACCUGGUUCAGCUAAUAAAACAGCAGAACAUUGGUUUCGCCCUCCCGUGUGCUGCCCAGGACUGUCCGCAAGCAGAAGGGGCUUCCGGGGUGAAGGAGGAAGCGCAGUGCUGUGUCAUGUUCUCCACAGCCUUGGUGUAGUUGCGAGUUUUCUCCAAGACAAGUCACGCUCUUUUCAUUUGAAUACGUAUUCCAGGUAAAUAAUGGAAAUAGUAUUCCAUCACAUUUCUCUUAUGAAGACCUGGAGUGCACACUAAUUGCUGAUUAUGUGAAGAAGGUCUUUGGGGUAAACCUGUGUCCUACUGAAGGUAUCAAAGCUCCAGACAGUUGGAGACCUGGAGCUUGAUACGUUCAGUACCCUGGAGGCAGGCUGGGGGGCGGCGGGCGCAGAGUGGACGUCCUUCACGGUGUUUCCAGACCAGCCAACAUCCUCACCUCGUCUGCGGUUUGGCCAGCGAGACCAGGAUACGCCUGGGGAUUGAUGGUUCUAAGGCUUCUAGUCAGGGGAGGGGUCAUUAUAACACAGCCAAAGACUAGGGGCUGCCAGUGUUUCUGCCAGCCAUCACCCAGCCACAGCAGCCGCCAGGGCCCAGGCCUCUCCCAUCCUGGUGCAGGACGUAGUCUGUGCUCGGGAAUGGGACCAGAGCUCCGCAGACCGGCUGGACUGGCUGCGGAGCAGCAUUACGUGUGGACGUCCUUUACCUGCGUCAGAAGGACUCGAAGCACAUGCCAAAUACUUCCCGCUCGCUCUUGGGCUGUGAGUCUAGACAGGACUGACAAUGUACAUUUCUAAUACGCUCUCAGGAUCGGCUCCUGGUGCUGCUUGUCGACCCCACACCGGGACCUGCUGAUGUAGAUAAUCCUCUGGAUUCUUAGGACACCAUUCCAUGGAGGAAGGCUUUGCUCAUUCCAUAUCAGGAAUUCCACUGUCAGAGUGCUUUUCCACCUCCUAAAUUACACCAGUGUCCUGCAGUGUCACAGCGAGUGUGAGGGUGGUGCGGGACCAGAAGGGCUUCAUUCUGUUCUGAAUACGAUCACAGUCAGAACCGACUUGGCAGUUCACAACAAGUGACAACACCUGUUGACUCACAUUGUGGCGUAGCCAGUGGAAUCAAGAGUUUAUACAACCGGCUUCAUUCCACAAAUUUUUGCGGGUUUGGGACAAAGAAUCUGGAGACCUCUUUCUAACAGAAAAUACCCUCAUUUAGAGCAUAUUGGGUCCUUGCUGAAUAUAUGGGCAGGUGGUCACUCUUCUUGAUCGUCACUCCCCAUGCUACCCUAACUUAUAGUUUAGUGUCUUCGCCCACAUGAACAAAUACAAUGUUUUAAUGUAUAUCCUAAAAAUGUGAUGGAACCUUCUUUGAGCUCCUUGAAAAGAAGUAGCAUGAUUUGAGUUAGGACCAGUCGCUGGCCCAUGAGUGGUCCGGAUGAUUCAGUGUGAUUACUACGCACUGCUGCUGACCUGACGGGAGAGCUCAGCCUUGUCUCUUUGGCACACCUGUUCACUUGAGACCUGUUCUGGUUGUGUGUUUACUUGGCUGGGCCAUGAUUCUUGAUGGAUUGGCACUUACGAUACAGUUUGGCAGGUAUGUAAUGACAUAGCCAUCUCCCACAAGGAGAUCUGAAAUAAUGUAAUUAUCUCCAUCUUGAGAUGUGUUACAGGCAACCAAUUGGUUGAAAGGAGGUUUUCUGGGGGGGGGCGGUGGCCUCCAUCUAAGAUAUAGACAUGGAAAAUUUCUCUGAUUUUUGCACUAUCUGGAUUCUGCAUAAUCUGACCUCUGGUUCUUUGGACUUGAGCCAGUGCCUGCUGUAUUACUCAAGAUUUACAGCUUGGGAUUCAUCAGCCUCUGGCAGCCCAUGAGUCAGCAGCAGCCUGCCAUCUGGCCUGCGGGUCUUGAGUUUAUCAAUUCCUACAGCUACAGAAGUCAGGAGAAGCCUCCCACGUGAUGUCUGACCUAUGGAUAUAGUGAAAGGAGGAAGAGAACGGGAAGGUAGAGGGAGGGAAAGGCCACCCAGGAUCAUUGGGAGUGGCAGGACUUCUGGAAUGGUGACCUCAACAGCCUAGGGCAUUUUAAAUCUUAGCCUACAGGCAUCAGACCCCCCAGGCUGAUUCUAAACCCAAGGCUCUCUGUGCUGAACAUCACGUGCUUGCUUCCUUGUGCAUGCCUGGGCAAGACCCAGCCGUGGGGAGAGCAUGACCACGUUUAUCACGGCCUGAGAAGUAGGACCAGAUCCAGGUUUGGUCCAUUGAUAACCUGAAGAUACGGGCCAAGUACCCCACACCUGAAUUUAAAGAACAAAACAAACCCUAGGCAAAGCCCCCACCUGCUGUAUCAUGGCAGUGCUUUUCUUUACUUUUCCAAAUAAAGUGCUUUCUGCUUGUCA